ACUCGUUGUUCGAUGAACGAAACACACGAUUCGAUAUAAUUGUAAUAAGUAGUUUUCUGUUCUAAGAAUUGAAAAUAGUUUUAAAAUAGAAAAUAGCUUUAAUUAAAGUGAAAAUAGAUUUAGUAAAUUGAAAAUCUGGCUGUGCUGUUAUACUGUUGCUGUCAUAGGUCAACAAUGGAACGCCUUGGUCUGGUGGCAGUGCUGUGCGUCAGCGUGCUAGCGGCGAGCGCGCACUCGGCGCUGCUUCCGACUCUACAUGAGCUGGUGGUCGCUGGUGACCAUCCGAUAGUGCGAAGGAGUGUUCAAACCAGUACGGAAAGACCGUUGGAACCUAUCAAAGUAACAGAGAUGCGCGUGCGCUCCGAAGUGGCGCUGCGCUACGCGCGCACGUCAGUGAUCACGCACGUCGCGAACCCCGACUCGCGGCCGCAGGAGGCCACCUUCCGCAUGCUGCUGCCCGACACCGCCUUCAUCAGUGGAUUCACUAUGAUUUUGAGCGGAAAUUCGUAUAAAGCUCAUGUAAAAGAGAAAAAUGAAGCAAAACAACUUUACUCGGAAGCAGUAUCGCGAGGCGUUAGCGCGGCCCACGUUGCGACUAAAGCUCGCGACUCCAACCACUUCACUGUAUCAGUCAACGUGGAAGGCAACACUACCGCCAUCUUCGAGUUGCGUUACGAAGACAUGUUAGUGAGCCGCAACGGACUGUACAGUCACGUCAUCAACCUGCACCCCGGCGCGCUAGUGCCGGUCAUGGAGGUCGUCGUGCAUAUCAAGGAAUCACAACAAAUCACUAAACUUAAUGUCCCUGAACUGAGGACCGGUAACGAAAUUGAUGAGACGCUAAAGGAUACACAGAACUCAUUGGCUGUUAUUCGAAAUGGUACCAAUAAUCGAGAAGUGACUGUUACGUUUACUCCUGAUCUGAUAGAACAGCGAAGGCUUGCCAAAAUAUACAUGGAAAAAAGCAAAGAAAAUGGAACUAGCACUGCGUUUGGACAGUUUGUGGUGGAGUACGACGUAGAACGGUCCAACAAUGGUGAAAUAUUGGUAAACGACGGUUACUUCGUACAUUUUUUGGCGCCGACUUCUUUGCCUCCUUUGAGUAAACAUGUUGUAUUCGUGCUUGAUACAUCGGGUUCCAUGGAGGGCCGCAAACUGGAGCAGAUGCGUAAAGCCAUGGACACCAUACUCUCUGAUCUCAAUCCGUAUGAUUACUUCAGCAUCGUCGAGUUUAGUCAUUUUAUUCAGGUUCACGAUUUGAAGGAAGCUGACGAACCAGCCCCUCGGAAAAAAGAGUACUGGGAAUACAAUUCUAUAGAAGCCGAUGCUCCCUACACUUUGGUGCCACCAUCUCUCGCAUCCGCAGAAAAUAUUGCGAAAGCCAAAAUUGUAGCGUCUAGGCUUGAUUAUACUGGAGGUACCAAUAUUUACGGCGCGUUAGAAGCAGCUAUAAAGAUUACAAAAAAAGGUGUUGAUCAGAGAAAUAAAACAGUUGCAAACAAUACAGAUGCUACUAAUCUAACAGAGAAUAAUAUGACGAAAGGAGUAGAGCCUAUUAUCAUCUUUUUGACGGACGGAGUUGCGGUCGAUGGUGAAACUAAUACAGAUCGAAUUAUAUCUAAAAUUACUGAAAAAAAUUCUGGAGAUAAGAGAGCGGCUUUAUACUCAAUCGCUUUUGGUGAAGAUGCUGACCGCCCCUUCCUUCGCAUGGUAUCUCUCCGUAACGAGGGUUUCAUGCGACACGUCUACGAGUCAUCAGACGCCGCGUUGCAGCUGCAUGACUUCUACCGUCAGGUGUCCUCACCGCUGCUCUCGCAUGUGCAGUUCCAAUACCCUGCAAAACAGAUAAAAGAAGGCUCCGUGAGUCGUACUCAGUUCCGCACAAUUUACGGAGGGUCGGAGGUGGCGGUCGUGGGCCAGAUCGCUGCAGAUGCAACGGAGAUUACGCCACGUGUCUUCGGCUUCUACGGCAGCGAGGACGGUCAGACCUUGAAACGCUACGAAGUAACACCAAGAGUAGCCGUGAGGAGAACUAGAGACGAGCACUUGCCGCUAGAGCGCCUGUGGGCCUACCUCACCAUCAAGCAAUUGCUGGACAAACGCGACGCAGGCGAUCACAGCACGGACGAGAACAGCCCUGAGAAGAAAGCCCUGGACAUAGCUCUUAAGUACGCGUUCGUGACUCCCCUGACAUCACUUGUAGUGGUGAAGCCGGAUGAAUCGCAUGCUGUUGAUGUGGAAUCCGUAGAUGUUACGACAACCACUACCACUACAACGACCCCUGCACCACCUGCACCGCUGGUAUACCAUUCGGAGGCAAACUUCAUAGACUAUGAGAACAGCGCCCAACCUAUGUCAUUUCAUAGUUAUGAUGAUUCAAUGAUUAAUCAUAGAGCAGGAUUAAGAGGUCAAGAUCACGAUCUACACUCAGUUUACGGUAACCACAUCAUCGGAGGUGGCUCUAGAACCCUUGGAGGUGAUAGUGUCUAUAGCGGUAUGACAUCUAACCUUCUGAGUGGUGAUUACACCAGACUUGCCUCCUACAAUAGUAAUCGGAUCAGUGGCGGUUACGAUCAUCGCAGUAGUGUUUUAACUAGCGGCUCGCGAUACAGUUCGAGUCGGAGAUGGCCUGCAUAUUAUCAUUCGCCUUUAACAAGGAAGUAUCACCUGGAAGGCUUUAGGUGGACGUCGCUUCUACUCAACGCCAGUGCUGAAGCUCUUACUGUGCUCGGAGCAAACGGUGAACAAGUCUUCCUGAAGCUCACCACGGAUGUCAACCCUCCAGUAGCAGCUGACGGAGACGUUGAGUGCUCCAAUAGCUUGUUCGCACCGUGGGCUACGGACCACGCGAGCAGUGUGUGCGUCUACGUCACGCGGUGCUACGCCGCGCGUCGCAUUACUACGGACGACUAUCAGCACAGCUACUGCGUUGUCAAUGACGGAUUUGCUGGUGUUUGCUGCCCUCCAGAUCAAGUUUUGAAUUAGUUUGUUUUUAUAAAAAUAUAAUUUGUAAUAAAAUCUUAUUUAUUGAUUUGGCAA